AUAUUGACGAGUGUGAGAAUGACUUCUACAAUGGGGGUUGUGUCCACGAGUGUAUCAACAUUCCAGGCAACUACAGGUGUACAUGCUAUGAUGGGUUCAUGUUAGCCCAUGAUGGUCACAACUGUCUUGAUGUUGAUGAGUGUCAGGAUAACAAUGGAGGGUGCCAGCAGAUUUGUGUAAAUACUAUGGGCAGCUAUGAAUGUCAGUGCAAAGAGGGCUUUUUUCUGAGUGAUAACCAGCAUACCUGCAUUCAUCGCUCCAUUGAGGGUAUGAACUGUAUGAACAAAGAUCAUGGGUGUGCACACAUCUGCCGGGAGACGCCCAAAGGUGGGGUUGCCUGUGAAUGUAGGCCUGGCUUUGAACUUGCCAAAAACCAGAAGGACUGCAAAUUAACCUGUAACUAUGGGAAUGGAGGCUGCCAACACACCUGUGAUGACACAGAUACUGGUCCUGUGUGUGGUUGUCAUCAGAAGUAUGCCCUACAUUCAGAUGGCCGAACCUGCAUUGAGAAGGAUGAGGCUGCAAUUGAGAGUUCUGAGUACAAUGCCACGUCAGUAGCUGAUGUGGACAAGCGGGUGAAACGGCGGCUACUUAUGGAAACAUGUGCUGUCAAUAAUGGAGGCUGUGAUCGGACUUGCAAGGAUACCGCGACAGGAGUACGAUGCAGUUGCCCAGUUGGAUUUACCCUGCAGCCUGAUGGGAAAACGUGCAAAGACAUUGAUGAGUGCUUGGUAAACAAUGGUGGUUGUGACCAUUUCUGCCGAAACACGGUUGGCAGCUUUGAGUGCAGCUGCCAGAAAGGCUAUAAACUGCUCACAGAUGAACGGACCUGCCAAGAUAUAGAUGAAUGUUCCUUCGAAAGGACCUGUGAUCACACCUGCAUCAACUACCCUGGAAGCUUUGAAUGUCUCUGCCAUAAAGGCUACACCUUGUACGGACUGACGCACUGUGGAGAUAUUGAUGAAUGCAGCAUCAGCAAUGGUAGCUGUGACUAUGGGUGUCUUAAUACAAUGGGGAGCUAUGAGUGUGUCUGUCCACCUGGAAAGAAACUGCACUGGAAUAAAAAGGACUGCGUUGAGAUGGUGAAAUGUCUCCCAAAUGCCAAACCAGCUCCCAAGGCUCAGCUAGUGUGUAGUAAGACAGGAGGCAUAGAGAGCUGCUUCCUGUCAUGCCCAUCCAAUACUCUUUUUGUUCCAGAUUCGGAGAACAGCUACACGCUGAGCUGUGGUGUUCCCGUCCAGCAAGGCAAGGCUCAGCAGAAACGCAACACGACCCUGCCCAGCUGCGCAGAUUCAUUAGCCCCUCCAAUCAAGCAGAAAGCUCGUUUUAAAAUUAAAGACGCAAAGUGCCAUUUACGGCCUCGCAGCAAAGAAAAAACGAAAGAUUCUGGGAAGCAAGCUGGUUUAGGAGGUCAAUUCCCUUGUACAGACAACUGCCAGGUGACCUUUGUGAAUCUCAAGUGCGAUUCCUCCAAGAAAAAACGUCGAGGCCGCAAGUCGCCAUCAAAAGAAGUGUCCCAUAUCACCACAGAGUUUGAAGUGGAGAUGAAGUCAGAAGAAGUCUCAGACACCUGUAACAUUGACUGUGUUCGGAAAAGGAUGGAACAGAAGCUGCAAACUGCAAUCAAAACAUUGAGGAAAUCUAUUAAUAAACAGCAAUUUUACAUUCAGUUUUCUGGGACAGAAUAUGAAGUGGCUCAGAAGCCAGCUAAAGCUACUGAAGGGCAUGAAGCUUGCAGUACAGGGCAAGUGCUGCAGGAUGGAAAAUGCGUUACCUGCAGCACAGGCACCUUUUAUAGCGGAGAACAUAAUCAGUGCGUUCCUUGCUCACCAGGAACAUACCAAGACACAGAAGGUCAACUUACCUGUGAACCUUGCCCAAGUAACGAUGGACAGGGAGUAGCAGGCGCCCGGAACGUGUCAGAAUGUGGAGGGCAGUGUUCUCCUGGGCACUAUUCUUCAGAUGGUUUUAAACCUUGUAGAGUCUGUCCUCUUGGCACAUAUCAGCCUGAACCAGGAAGGACCCUCUGCUUCCCAUGUGGUGGUGGGCUCGUGACCAAGUAUGAAGGUGCUGUUUCCUUUCAAGACUGCGAAACCAAAGUUCAUUGUUCUCCUGGACACUACUACAACUCCACAACACACAGAUGUAUCCGAUGCCCUGUGGGAACAUACCAGCCUGAGUUUGGUCAAAACUACUGCAUCACCUGCCCUGGGAACACUAGUACAGAUUUUGAUGGCUCCACUAAUGUUACGCACUGCAAAAACCAGCACUGUGGAGGAGAACUUGGGGAUUAUACUGGCUACAUUGAAUCGCCCAACUAUCCUGGAGACUACCCAGCUAAUGUUGAAUGCAUUUGGAAUAUAAAUCCACCCCCAAAGAGGAGAAUACUCAUUGUCGUACCUGAGAUAUUUCUCCCAAUUGAAGAUGAAUGCGGUGAUGUUUUAGUAAUGAGAAAAAGUG